UUUCUCCACCUCGCCUUGAUAUUGCAGUUGCAGUUUUCCGUAAAACGCUACUUCUCUCUCUGCCUUCUCCUGCAAGACUUCUUCUUGGAUUCUCCCAAAUCCUCUCCUUUCCUCCUCCAGGAUCGGCUAUCGUUGGCCGAUUCUUCUUGUUCUCCUUUUUGAAUCGUCCUGCUAUUUUCCAUAUAAUCUAUUUUCUUUUAUCAAUUCGUCGACAUCACUCGGUAGGGGUUUGGGGAAUCUUCAGGUAAGACAAUUGGUUCGGGUAUCUGUAAAAUUUCGUUUUUUUUUGCUUGUAUCUGUCAAUUUUUACCCUUGAGUUGGAUGCAUCAAUAUGUUGUUCUUGUGUUUGAAGUUCUUUUUCGAUGGAAAGAGGUUUAUUUAGUGGAUUGAAUUACUUUUGACCUAAAGUUCUGAUUUUGAUAGGGUCUGUAUCCCUUUAUUUCAUUUUUCUAGUGUAGAGUUUAGUGGACAACCGGUUGUAGUUUGAUUGGGAAUAGUUUGUCCAUUGACAUCAAGUUACCAUGUGUUAGGAAAUUGUUGUGUUCUAAUAGGUUUUCUUAGUUUUGUUGGUUGUUGCAAGGACAAACUUUGACUACUAUUGGCCAAAGUAUGGUGACUUUGAUUAGGGAGUGGGAGUGAUAUCUUGAUUAAAUAUUAUUAAGUUUUUCCUUUUGAGGAGAAGGGUGGAAGUGGUGUCAAAGCACAGGAUUGAAUUCCAAGAAAAACUGGAUAUUUCAGUGUUUGUUGGUGUAGUCAAGACAAACAACCAUGUCCCUUUGCAUCUACUUCAAAGUAAUUAUUAAAUUAGAAAUUGUGUGAUUUGGUGUUUAUCUGAGGCCAGACCAUAGGCUAAAAAUUUGGUUGCUGCAUCAAUAUUCUAUAUUUCAUUAACAUUGACAUGAUCUGAUUUUGGAAGAAUUAACGAAGCAGGGUCUCACCCAUUACGGUUUAUUCCUUUGGAUACUCAUAGCAUGUUUAUUAGUGAUCCUGCACAUAACAUGCUUGCAUUAUAUGUUUUCUUUUACUAGUUAACAAUUGGAUAGCUUUCUGGCAUUGGCUGAGAUGGUGUAUCGGCUGAUGCCCUAUUGUUGCUUAUAUCACCUAUAAAACUUUUUGAUUGUGCUGACCAGGUAAAAACUUUUAAAAUUUUACCGCUCUUCUAUAUUCAAUUUGUAUUAUAAAACCCAUUUAACAGUGUUUUCCAAACGGUUGAGCUUCUGUUACUGACUGAUCUAGAUUUAAGUGUCUUUGGAACUUCAUGUAUUUCUUUGAACACACAUUGAACUCUUCAUUCAAGUUCUAUCUAUAGUUCUGCAAUGUUAAUGAUUCUCUCUUCCUAAUCAGUAGUUUGUAGUGAUUAAAUUUUGCAAUUAUUGUACUUCGGGAUGCAAUAGUGCAAACUUUUAGUUAUUCAUGAUUAUUGUUAGAUAGGCUUGUUGUCACAUGUUUUACAUUUUGCAUUUAUUUGAGAAUUUCUCUGGAAUAUAUGGUCAUGUGGUCAGGUCGAAAAUAUAUAUUUUUGGUUUAUUUGGAUAAGAAAAUGUCUGGACUAGCUGCUUCAUCAGAACCUUCUGAAUCAUCUGAGUACAUACUACUCGAAAGAGAUCAAUAUGAGCUACGGCCUGUAGAUAUAUCUAUGACAGCUCAGAAUAACAUAUGGAUCGAUCCAAGUGUCAUAAAACUUAAGCAUAGGAUAGGGCGUGGCCCAUACGGUGAUGUCUGGAUAGCUACUCAGCACCAACACAGUAAUGAUUACGAUCAUUAUCAUGAAGUUGCAGUGAAAAUGCUAUAUCCUAUCAAGGACGAUCAAAUACCGAUCUGUUUGGCCAAGUUUGAGGAACUGUACACAAAGUGUCGAGGGAUGGAUACUGUUUGCCAUCUUGAAGGUGUUACGAUUCAGAAUGGAAGAGUUUGCAUUAUCAUGAAAUAUUACGAGGGAUCAAUUGGUGACAAGAUGGCUCGUCAAAAAGGCGGAAGAAUUUCACUAUCACAUGUCAAAAGGUAUAUUGUUGAUUUGGCUCGAGGCAUCCUGAAACUUCAUGGAAAUGGGAUUCUGCUACUCAAUCUUAAGCCUUGCAAUUUCCUUCUUGACAAGAAUGAUCAGGCCGUGAUCGGAGAUUUUGGGAUUCCACACGGAAUGUAUGGACUUUCAUUACCAUCUUCAGACCUAAUUCAGAGACUUGGUACUCCAAACUACAUGGCUCCUGAGCAAUGGGAACCAAGCAUCAAUGGUCCCAUCUCAUUUGAAACUGAUUCAUGGGGACUUGGGUGUAGCAUCGUGGAGAUGCUAAGCGGAGUACAACCUUGGUGCAGUAGGUCUCCUGAUGAAAUCUACCAACUAGUGGUACGAAGGAAAGAAAAGCCAAAAAUUCCAAGCGGGCUACCUCCUGAAUUGGAAGGUAUUCUUCAUGGAUGCUUCGAAUAUGAUUUCAGAGAUCGUCCUUUGGUGAAAGAUAUUCUCCGCAUAUUUGAAAGUUUCCCGGAUGGUGAUUAUAGCGAAAGCAAUGUUGGCUAUCAGACGGCUGAAAAAACAAGUCGUGUUAGUUUCACCGGUUGGGCACUCUUGAAGGACCAACUUCAGGUUGGCGAUAUUGUCCGCUCUCGGAAGCCAAGGAACUCGUGCAAUUCAGAGAGCAUGGAGAUCCCAGAGGGUAUCAUUGUUGGGAAGGAAAGCGAGGAGCAUAGUGAUGGCUACAUUCUUGUUCGGGUCCACGGACUUCACAAUCCUUUGAGAGUGCACAGUUCUACGGUAGAGCGGGUGACCUACGGCUUUGUUGUUGGUGAUUGGGUACGGACGAGUAAUGAGGACAAGAAGGGCUCGCCGGUGGGCAUCCUUCAUAGCAUAGAGCGUGAUGGAAAGGUAACUGUUGGUUUCAUCGGGAUAGAAACUCUUUGGAAUGGCCAUUAUUCGGAACUUCAAAUCGCAGAAUCAUAUUGUAUUGGCCAAUUUCUGAAAGUGAAAUCAAGCAUCUCCACACCGAGGUUCGAGUGGCCGUGCAAUCCUGGAUUAGAAUGGGCAAUCGGUAGAAUAUCUGAAAUUCGUCCAAAUGGAUGCGUAGUAGUUAAAUUCCCAGGCAGGUUUAGCUUUGGAGAAGCUAACAGCUACUUUGCCGACCCUUCGGAAGUGGAAGUAGUAAACUUCAAGAAAUGUGAGGGGUUAGUGAAGAAAUAUCAGCAUCUCGAAGACUUUCAUUGGGCCGUGAGGCCAUUAGCUAUCACCUUCGGGUUGUUGGCAGCACUGAAACUGGGGACGGUCAUCAUAAAAAGCACAGGCAAGUCACGGGGGAAGAAGACUGGUACAUUUGUUGAUCUCUCAGGGCAAGUUGCGGACCAACAGCAGAUAGAGGAACCUAAUAUUGCUAAUCCAGCAUGGGUUCCUCCUUUAGUCUCAAAUAUAUUCUUUGGAGACGGAACUAAUGCUACUCGAUAAGAACAAUCCAACUUCUUCAAGAUCAACUUGUCGGUCGACUAGGGAAGACAUAAAUAAAUGUAUAUAAAUACAGUUCAUAGAUUAUUUUCAUCUAAUGUUGGUUUAAACUCUAA